AUGGGAAGCACUGGCGAGCAGGUGGUGGUCGUGGCGGGUCCGGCCUGGGCAACCCCGACUACGGAGGAAGGGGAUGAGGACAGGAAGAAGCAGCGGCGCCGCGCCAGUCGCCGUUCUAGGCGUGGCCUAGGUUCGCUCCCCGCUCAUUCCGUUUGAAGAAGCCUUUGGUUCCGUGUUCCUGGGGUCAAGUAUUUGAGAGGAUCUUAAUUUUCUGUGUGGUGAUAGAAUUUAGGAGUUCGGCGGAUGCAUACCACAAUGAGAAUAAUGGCGUGAGCAGUCGAAGCGUCAGUGGUGACGGUUAUAGACUCUUGCCGGAGGGUGACGACGCGAGGAGUGCAGAGGAGGCGUCGGAAGUGGUUUUCAGCUCUCUGCCCAACAUGCCUAUUAAGGCUUCUUGGGAAGGAUAUGCAAGAUGGGGGGAGGUUUCGUCUUCGGUGCCACAGUCAUUAGCUGCCCGUGAAGGGAAAAUCUCCGGUUCCGUCCCGAUGCGUGGUCCUUUAUUCGAAGAUAGGAGCCGCAAGAAACUCAGUGGAUUCGGGAGCCCCAGAUACUUCGAUUCUCACUGGACUGAAGACGCUGUUAACCAAGCUUUAGAGGUCAGAUUUUAUUCAAUUUUGAGUACUUCUUCAAACGAUUCUCAGGGUUUUGAGGUUUGAUGAGUUGCACGUCGUUCAUAUUAUUUUACAGAAUGGCCGCGCAUUCAAGGCAGUGUUUCGUGUGAAUGCAUUCAAUCGUCUGGAGGUGUGGUCAUGUAUCCUUGUUGUCUGUCAUAAUUUUUAUUGUCGUAUAAUGAAAAUUCUGUUUUUCUUUAGGCGUAUUGUACGUUGGUUGGUGUUCCAGUUGAUAUUCUCAUCAGUGGAGCUGCAGCACAAAAUAGAGCGGUAAGGAAUAAGAAAAUUACUUGAAUUAUUAACGUUCAUAAUUUGGUUAAACUUUUUUUCCUGUUGAAUUUGAUUGUUCUAUGAACAACAUUUACUUUCAUCUAAAUUUCGACGAUUUAUUUCGUGUUAUAAUGUAUGAAUGGUUGCUCGAGCCUUGUAGGAUAUUCUGGUUUUCCUUUGAUCUGUCUCAUCAUUUGAAGAGAGUUACUUAGGUAUCACUCCCUUAGAAGGAGGGUGGUGAAUACUGUUGAAUUGAAUUUCGAUAAUUACAUGUGAUGUAAGAUCUCAGUGGAUUUUUAUUGUGAACUUUUACUUUUAUUUCUUUAUAAUAUUAUUAGCGGGUAAAAUCAUGCCUAUUGCUCUCUAUCGUUGCUGACCUGAGACAGGUUUGUAGCUUGAUUUUUGUUACGAAUAUGUGCACCACACAAUUUCCUGUAACAAAUAAGACUUGAACAGCCCGUUAACUUGUUUCAGGUAGGAAUGUGUAGCUUAUCCGGCAUACAAAUCUGCAUUGCCCAAGCGUUGAAUCUGGCAUUGGAAUGGAUAGAUUAAUCAGAAAGUUGCGCAUGGGACGAAUUGUUUUAUUGAAAAUCAUAAGUUCUAAUGGCGAAUUCAAUUACACAAAAGUUGAAUCUAAUUCUACAUUAAUUCGGCUUAGCUUUCUUUUGCGUACUUCCUAAGCAUAGACUCUAAAAUCUUACUGAAUUAGCCUACCUCAGAAGCAGGUGUAGCCCACAAGUGUGAUAGAUUUUCAAAUAGACAUCCAAUUGUUAAUGUUAUGCUGCAGUCUUGCAACAGAUAUUAAUAGGUUGUGCAUUAUACAGGUGUUAUUUAAGUACAUAUUAUCGGUCAUGUUGGAUAAAAGAAAACCAAAUUUAACAUGGGAUAACAAUCUGGUGAGAGAUGGAAUUGAAAUAAUGUAGUGAGAGGGUAGAAGUGCAGGAGGGACACCUCUUCUUUAGGAUUCGUUUUUCUUCCUUCUCUGUUUUCUUUUCAUAAUUUUCCUUUUAUGGCUUCCUAGCAUGUCUUCUUAACAAUGUGCUUGUUUUCUUUCUUUUUUUUAAAUUUUCCCAUAUUAAUUGGAUAUUUUCUUCAAAAAUGUGGAGGACUCUUGUUUUGUUCCAUUUAGGUCUUGCUUUCUUUUUUUUGUUGACGAAUUUUUUUAUCUUUUUAUGUGGUAUAAAUGUGUACUGCAAUUUUCUAAAAGACGGAAGUUAUUUUAUUUAACCUCAUUGAUUUUCUAGGUAGAAGGUGAUGUUGUUGCUAUCAUGUUGAAUCCCGUUGCGUCAUGGACGAGGCUGAAGAGUUCAGCUGUUCAGUUGUCCAAUUCUGAUUCUAUAGUUGAAUCCACUGUGUCAUUAGACGUAACUGAAGUAGUUAAUGGUACUGUAAAAGACAUAAGUUGUGAGCAUUCUUGUUCCAAUGGGAGCAAGCUUUCAUCUGAAAAGUGCUCCCAUCGUCUUGAGAAAGUUGUGUUUAGUGAGGCCCCUUUCUCAGAUUCAGGGAGUAGACCUUCAGGCACUUGUUGUUUGCAUGAUGACCAUCAAUAUUUUACUCCAGAGGCAUUAAAUACUGUACAUGAUUUGGAAGAUGGGGAACUUGAAAGAUCGCUGAAAGGAAUUUGUAAUUUGAUUAGUUCUUUCCCUUUGAAACGACCUACUGGUAGAGUCUUAGCUAUUAUUGAACAAUCUCCGCGUCGGGAGGCUGUUGUUGGUUUUCUUUCUGCUAAAAAACGUUCUGAUGAGAAAGUGUUUAACAAGCAAGAUGAUGGAUCCACUCUUAGCAGACAACAUGAUUUUUCAUUAUUUUCAGAUAGAGAAAAUGUGUAUUUGGUGCCAACUGAUGCAAGGUUUCCUGAGAUGGUGGUCACGGUGGGGAGCCUUCCUGAUUAUCUGAAGGGAAAACUAGCAGUAAAUGAUACAACCAUUGGAAAUGAGUUGCUUGCCGCCCGAAUUGAAGACUGGAGUGAGGAAAGUUUUCUGCCUCAAGCGCACGUGAUGCAUGUUUUUGGUCAAGGUGGAGAGAUUGAACCACAGAUUGCUGCUAUUCUGUUUGAAAAUGCUAUCUGUUGUGCAGACUUUUCUUCUGAGUCUCUUUCUUGUCUCCCGACAUUACCCUGGAAGAUACCUUCUGAAGAACUUGAAAAGAGGAAGGACCUCAGGGAUCUGUGCACAUUCACCAUUGAUCCUUCAUUCGCUAUUGAAUUGGAUGAUGCUUUAUCCUUUGAAAAGGUGUCAGAUGAUGUGUAUCGUGUAGGUGUUCACAUUGCAGAUGUUUCAUAUUUUGUUCAGCCAGAUAGUGCACUGGAUACAGAAGCUCAAGUUCGGUCUACAAGUGUUUAUAUCCUACAGCAUAAACUGCCCAUGCUGCCUUUUUUACUUUCCUCAAAGUUAGUUUCUCUUCUUCCUUCCGAAGAUAAACUUGCCUUCUCUAUUAUGUGGGAAAUCAAUCUCUCUGGAAACGUUCUGAGGCAGUGGAUUGGCCGUUCUGUCAUCCGUUCUUGUUGUAAGUUGUCCUAUGAAGAUGCUCAAAAAAUCAUUGACGAAUGUGAUUCUGCUUCAUCAUUGCCUGCAUUGCAUGGUCAAUUUAAGUGGAAGGACAUUACCACGGCAAUUAAAAAACUUCAUGAGAUAUCAGAAAAGUUGAACGAGAAUAGGUUAGAGUAUGGUGCUCUUGGGUUGGAGAAUGCCAAACUUGAGAUAUUGUUUGAUGACUAUGGCAAUCCAUACGACAGUACUCUUCGUCAACAGAUGGCUUCCCACUCCCUUGUUAGGGAAUUUAUGCUUCUGGCGAACAAGACUGCUGCCAAAGUUAUAUCCAGAGCCUUUCCUGACUGUGCCUUGCUGCGCAGACAUCCAGAACCAAACUUACGGAAACUUAAAGAGUUUAAAGCAUUUUGUGGCAAACAUGGUUUUGAGCUAGACACAGCAACAUCUAGCCAUCUUCACCUCUCACUGGUGAAAAUAAGGGAAAGGCUUAAAGAUGAUCCCGUUUUGUUUGACAUUCUCAUCUCCUAUGCUUUGAGACCAAUGCAGUUGGCAACUUACAUCUCUACUGGUGACUUUAGAAACAGGGAAGAUGAAUGGGCUCACUAUGCAUUGGGAGUUCCACAGUACACACACUUCACAUCACCUCUCCGAAGGUAUCCUGAUAUUAUUGUGCAUCGAAUGCUACUUGCUGCACUUGAAGGAGAAGAUAUGUAUAUGAGGCAAAGAAUUCAGUUUGAAGCUCGUCAGGGAGAAGCAUACAAUGGAUCUUCUAACUACCAUGGGACUGGUGCCUUUUUUGACGAGUCAACUGCAGAAUCUGCAGAAUUUAAAGAGGCAUUGUUCUCUGCUGCUGUUAAGCAUGGGGUCCCUUGUGCCACAGAACUUUCAGAAAUGGCUGCUUACUGUAAUAAAAGGAAAUUAGCUAGCAAGCAGGCUGAGGAAGCUGGGGAGAGAGUGUACGUGUGGGCUUUGCUAAAAAAGAAAGAGGUUAUAAUCUUUGGCCUUUCCUCCUAUACUCUCUACGUUUGUUUCAUGACAUGCUUUUUAACUUCUUGCCACUAAAAUCUUGAUUAUUUGCAUGUGAUUCAUUGAGAAUUGAAAAUUGUUUAGUCAAUAUAUACCACGAAAUUUCAUUAAACUUUAUGCGUAAACUUCUUGAUAGAGGGGGAUAUUCCUCUCAUAGAAUGGGCCAAGAACAUAUCCUUGGACCAGGAAGUAGGAAUCCAAGGUCAGCUCUAUCACCCUUGAGAUUGGGGUCUUACACCCCUCCAAGCUUAUAAUACUGAAGCACAAACAAAGAAGAAUGGAUGCUUAUAAUUUUGACCGUAUAUCGUUCCCACUGUCUGCUCUGCCCUAUAACUCAUGUAAAGACACCGUAGCCAUUGAUCAUUCUUUAAAAUCGGCUCAGGAACCCAACCAGACGAACCACAACGUCGAUGAUAAAUCAUAGUUUUUCUCUUGAGGUCAGGGUUAGAUUGGGAACAUUUCUGGAUGCCUAUGGCCAUUUAUGGAAUAGGCCAACUAACUGCGUACUGGUUUGGAUCAAACAGAUUCGGGUCGAUGUGUCAACCAUCAACCAUUGUAGUUUCCCUGGGUCCUUUUUGUGAAAAUUCAUACUGUUUGCUUGCUUAUCAGAUGAGAUUCAAUUCUAGGGUAUUUCUUCUAAUGUAAUCCCGUAUUUUUAAUAGAAAAAUAAAGGCUACCUGGUUUCAUAAAAAAAUAGUAAUGGUUUAUAUACGUAUGAUUACCUUUCGGUACCAUGUAUAUUAUUUCCAUCCGAAAGAACAACAAAUUUGCUUCAGGAACGGGUUCUGUUCUAACAUUCCGUUACACUAUAGUCACCUUUAUAUUCAGCUUGGCGAAGUUUAUGGUAUGCUUCAUUGUUUCUGAGUUCUUUUUGAGCUUUUUCUUCUUCGCUUGGAAUGUUACAAUAUGAUAUGCCAUUAAUUGGAAUGCUUUUUCUUCUCUCGCCGGUUUUCUUUGAAAUGCUUCCAAUUAACUCGGCGAUAUUAGAUGCCCACCGGAACAUUCUCAUUUCCUCAGGUUUCUUUUUGUCAGUUUGACAUUGCUGCUCUAUUUAGAAUUUUCCACUUGGUCUAGCAUAAUAGCACGCCAGGUAUCAAUAUCUCUGGAAGCUGUUUUGAGGGGUGUUGCAUGUGAAAUUUGAUUUUAUGUUUGAGUUUAAUGAAAAUAAUUGGAUUUUUUUCUACCAAACGAUGGUAAAAAUGGAGUGCAUCCUUUUGACCCAUCUGUGCCUCUUACUGUUAUAUUAAUGGAGUCAGAAAUGGUAUAUAGGCAAUUCAAUGUGCUCAUUUGGCGACUGCUGGGAUAACUAGGGAGCCAUGUUGACUAGGUGGUAAUCCGAAGUAAGGAUUUUAAUGCGGAGUCUGGAAGAGAGAUUUUACGUUGUAUGAUUUUAUUAAGGAGAGAAUUACAGUAGAACGAAAGUAGUGCCCCUGGAAAGUCAACCGACGUGGGUCUGGUGUAAGACCGAAACUAUCAUUAGGGUGAUACGACAAGGCAACACAUUCCAUCGAGAGCAACACGUAUUUUUCUGCUAUCUUGUUCAGAUAUUUAAAUAUCCCAUUAGUCAACCAUGUGGUUAUUGAAUGAGAAGGGGAAAAACGAGACAGUUGAGCUGGUGUGGAGAAGAAGGAUCUUUUCCAUACCAGUCGAGCCACAUCACCCUUAACAUUUCUUAUAGGUGAAACACAGUCUACUAAUAAACCACCGUUGACCUUGCAAAUUUGUCAUUAUCAUGUGCAGAGCAUGUGAUUGAUGAUUACUCUCAUGCCAUCUCUGUUUUUUUUUUCUCAUUGAUUUCGAUGGAAUCCUCACCCUCCUCACCCCUUUCUUUUUUUUUUUUUUUGAUGUGUUUAUUGCCAGAUCCUCAUAUCCGAAGCCAGAGUAAUUCGUUUGGGACCAAAGUUCAUGUCCAUCUACAUUCAGAAGCUCGCAGUAAGAGUCAUCUCCCGAGAGAAAUUCUCUUCAUCACCAUCUUCUCCUCUCAACCUCCUCCUCCUCCUGCUGCUGGCUUACAGAUCGAGCGGAGGAUAUCUUACGGCGACGUGGACGGCCUCGGAGUCGAGUGGCUCGAGAACACAUCCACACUGGUUCUGCACCUCCACACAAGCAGGCGUCACCAGAGGAGGCCGUCCGCCGGGAAGCUCGAGGUCCUCAAGGAGGUGGCUCUGAUCACAGAUCCUUCAGGCCCCAUCUCAGAGCCUGAGGAGAGAGAAGUUCUUCCGGCCGUCUUCCCCCUCACGCUCCAGCCUCUCUCUACCAUCCCGGUGGUUCUCCAUGCAGUCGGAGGGGACGGCAGGCGCCCUGAGAUAGGGGUGAGGCUGUACUUGACCUCAUACUUUGGUUACUAGCUAUCAGAUAUCCUCAGCUGGGAGAAGAAUGGAGCUGGAGCUGCUUGAGGUCGCUGUUGUUGUAUAGCUGAUCUUCCUGACUAACUGCUGGUUGCGAAGGUUUUGCCGCAGGUUUUUUUUCUUGCCAGGCACACACAAUCUUCUUCUCAGGCUGAUACUGCAGCCCUCUGGGAGAUCAAGUGGCUUCACUUUUACCAAGCUGCUUGACAGGAGGAGGAACUUUUCUCUCUCUCUCUCUCUCUCUCCCUUAAUGGGCAGCGAUGGGUUGAAGCCAUGUGAGUUUCUUUUUCACUGCAGUGUAUUUCGUCAAGAAUAAGUUGGAAAAUUCUGAUGGAAAUGAAAUAUCUAUUCCAUUUGCGACGUACUUGGUGA